AUGAUUCGUAGAGAGCAAGAGGAGCGGCGUGCAAGAGAGGAGGCAGAUAAGGCGAUGGCCGUAGAGGAGCGAAGGAGGGCGGAAGACGGACGGCAGAGGGAAGAGGGUGAGGAGAGAGUCAGGACGGAGGCAGCAGCGAUGGUUCGCAGAGAGGAAGAGGCGCUGUGUGCUAGAGAGGCGGCACAGAGGGCGAGGGUCGUAGAGGAGCGCAUGAGAGAGGCGCAGGAACGGUUGCAGAUAGGGACGGAGGCAGCAGCGAUGGUUCGCAGAGAGGAAGAGGCGCUGCGUGCUAGAGAGGCGGUAGAGAGGGCGAGGGUCGCAGAGGAGCGAAUGAGACCGGAGCAGGAACCUCAGAGGGCAGAGGCUGCAGAUAGGGUGAGGGCGGAAGCAGCUGCAAUGAUUUGUAGAGAGGAAGAGGAGCAGCGUGCAAUAGAGGAGGCAGAUAAGGAGAAGGCCAUAGAGGAGUGA